GGCUUGUAGUGUAAAAGAGAAUACGGUUUGGUUUACGUCAAACCUAUCACAUUUUGAUUACCUCACUCGCUAAGAUGUCUACAGUAAAGCUCGUAAAACAAUGCUAGGUAACUACGCUUAUACAUUUGUAGUUACAUACCUAACUUUUAAUGUAUGCAUCUUCGUCUUGCCGGUGACUCAAAAUAAAAUCGUAGAGUUCUCAUAAAGUGGCCGAUAUGUUGAGAAUAUCUUCAUUAGUAUAGUUCUUCGGCGUAAGUCACUAUAUUAAUAAGAGUAGUAAUUAGUAUAUAAACACCUAAGAUUCGUCUUAAGUCUUGAGUCGUGAUGAUGCCUUAUUAACUUCUCUUCUACCUUACUUCCUAAAACUUCUACAAACUUCCCCUCUCAACCACAUCAACCGUUCAAACAAGGUCAACAACAUCUAAGUGUCUCAAGUCUUAACAGCUUGUUUUUAAAAUUAUAGAGGUUUACAAGAGAAAACACAAUCCAUAUAAGAAACUCUCAUAACCCAAUUCUCUAAUACCUACCUACCUACUAUUCCUAUAAGUCAUAAGAGGACCAUGGCAUCACCAAUAACACAGCCCAACGGGGAAACCUCCUCGAGGCCCGUAUUAUUCUUCGACAUAGACAACUGUCUCUAUCCUAGAAGCGCCAAAGUCCACGAUCUCAUGGCAGACCUGAUAGACAAAUACUUCGCGACGCAUCUGGGCCUCUCGGAAGAAGAAGCGACCAAGCUGCAUACGGAGUACUACAAGAACUACGGUCUCGCCAUCGAGGGUCUGGUACGGCACCACCAGAUCGACCCCCUAGACUACAACGCCAAGGUCGACGACGCCUUGCCUCUCCAGGACAUCAUUAAGCCGAACCCGCAGCUGCGGAAACUGCUCGAGGACAUCGACAAGUCGAAAGUGAAGCUGUGGCUUCUCACCAACGCGUACGUCACCCACGGCAGGAGAGUAGUCAGGCUUCUGGGCAUAGAAGACCUGUUCGAGGGCCUUACGUACUGCGACUACUCCCAAAUCCCCAUCGUCUGCAAACCCCACCAGGACAUGUUUGCCAAGGCGAUGAAGGAGGCUGGAGUCGACCGAGUCGAAGACUGCUAUUUUGUUGACGACUCAUUCGCCAACGCGGAAGGCGCGCAAAAACUAGGCUGGACAUCAGCCCACCUCGUCGAGGAAGGGUUACCAGUUCCCGCAUCCCCGGCAUCCAAGUACCAGAUUCGGCACCUGGAAGAGCUGCGGCGGAUAUUCCCGCAGUUCUUCAAGUCGGAAAUUCAGACAUAGACAGGCAUAAAUAAAUAGACAUAAUCACGAUGCUCGCAUGUGGCAUAUAGAUAACAUGGACCGAGGCGUUUUUGGGUAUAUUACCAGAAGAGGGAUGAUAGAGUUCAACUUUACGCAAAGUCAUAGUUAUUUAUAUUCUAGGUAGUCCGGA